GAAAGGGGCAGAUUGGGCAGGGAGAGAGAGGGGAAGGAAAUGAGUGGGAGGAGGAGAGAGGGUGGGAGCAAUCUCUCAGCCAGUAGCCCCUAUACACAUUUGCUGGGAGGGAAUGCUGCAUUAACAGUGGAGAUCUGUGGGAGGAAGGUUGUAGGCUUGGGGGCUCCAGGGACCUCCAGGGGUCUUGUGCAUGAUGGUGACUAUGUGGUGAGCAGUGAGCUUGUGCGGACCUCUCAGUCUUCAAUAGUUAGUGUAGCAUUUGUAGUUGGAGGAUAACCAGAAAAACGUUUUUAUAUAUAUUAGAAAUUGAGAGGAAUACAAAGAUGGCAAACGUAGUGAAUUCUACUCAGUCCUUCAUCUAUGACCUUUACAACUUUUAUCAAUGGACUCAGGCAAUGGCAGAUCAACGGACAAAAGGAUGGAUGUUAGUUGAUUCACCAUUUCCCACCUUGGUUUAUACAAUGAUAUACUUCCUAAUUGUUUGGGCUGGCCCUAAACUAAUGAAAAAUAGGAAACCAUUUCAAUUAACAUGGGCUCUUGUACCAUACAAUUUGGCUAUGGCGGCUCUCAACCUGUACAUUGCUGUUGAGUUGCUAUGUGCAUCAACAAAAUUAAGGUACAAUUACCUUUGUCAACCUGUAUCAAAAUUAAGGCAUCCUGAUGAAAUAAGAAUUCAGUUUACAACUGCCAUGAUAAUGGGCAUUAAUGGAAUACGAAGUGGUUGUGAUUUUCCUCUUUGGAUGCAAUAUACUCUUGUGAUUUACAUGAUUUCAUUUAUUGUGUUGUUUGGAAACUUUUAUAUAAAAGCAUAUAUAGAAAAGGGAAGUAAAGUUUUUGAAGGUAAUAGUCGAUCCCAAAUGCAUGUGGCAAAUGGUUACAUGAAUGGAAUAGAACAUGCAAUGUUACAAAACGGUGACUGCAAGAAACUUCAUUGAGAGUCGAGCAGUUUUAAGAUCCAUGAUCAAUAUAGCAAUAAGUACUCCUUCUGCUGCUAUUGUUUUGUGUAUGUGCAUAAAGACUAAAUGCUCUUUCACUGUCAAGAACUCUUGUUAAAGGAAACAAGCGUCAGUCUCAUCACUUGGGAACUGUGAACAGGCAGUGAAAGAAAAAUAGAGGUGAGAACAUGCUCAAAAUAGUGAUUAUAUUUUAAUGUGUGUGUUUACAAAAAAGCUCAGUGAUUUGUUGUUAAGAUGGUGUAAGAUGGCACUAAUGCACUGAAAAAGGUUGUGUGUUAUUACGUACAUCCGUUUUUAUUUUUUCUUUGCGUACUUCUUUGAAUGAAUUAAAUAGUUUAUUUUGUUUAGUUCCAUCUUAUUCCAAUUGUUAUGUUUGUAUACUUUAUUAAAUAUUUCUUGUUAUCCUCUAAAUAAUGGAAUUGAUGAAUCAAUACAUAUACAUGUGAUCAAUUUAUAUUGUUAUUUUUUAUAACAUGUUCUUAUACGUCAUUUCUGCCAAAGACAACUCAAUUUUCACAUUCCAGACAUUAUAUCUGGUGUAUUUUGAGUACAGGUGCAGUUUUUAAGAUGUUUCUAUGAAAUAUGUGUAGUCAGAUUAAAAUAUUUAUUUAUGUGGUAAUGUGGCAUAUUUUCAAUAUUUUUCUUCUCAGUUACCAUAUAUAGCCUUGUUAAUUCUGAACGUCAAUCAUGUAAUUAGGAUUAUUAGAUUUUCUGUUAAAAUUCUCUGAAUUUUCAUAUUCAUAUAUACCACUGGAAAGGUUGAAUCAUAAUCUGUAGCAAAUUAGUCUAUUCACAUGAUAUUUGUUAUAUUGUGAUGAAAAUUACUCGCAUGUAUGGAAGAUCAAUAUGCACGCAGCUGUGUGGUUUUUGGACAUUAUUGUUCAGCAUGCCUAUUUUGUUCAAAAUUUCAAAAUUCUAUUGAAUAAAAUGUUAUAAUUAAUCGAAUAAUACUAGUUGUCAGUGUAUGCAGACACUUUAAACAUUCUGACUGAUGAUAAAGUGCAACACUGCCUCAAUAAUUAAAUGCCUGUCCAGGUGAAUGGAACAGUAAAAAAAUUAGCAUGUAUCCAAAGAGAAAGAGCACAUUGCAAUUCAUCCAGAUAUUCUUAUUUAGAUGCUUUUACUGUGAAAUGCAAGUGUUUUACAAUUACGUUUAAAAGUUAAAGUGAAACAUAUAUAUUUGUUGGGUAAUUAAAAUUAGAACUCAGGUGUGACUAGUCCACAGAAAAUCUUUAAGGUGUCUUACAUCAGUAUAGAUGUAAAAGUAUUAUUAUUGUUUAUAAUGUUAUAAAUCAUUGUAGCAACUUUGUGUGAACCUAUCUUUAUGUCACAUAUUUUUUCUGAAUUCCUGUAAAAAAAAAAAUUGUUUCAAUAAUGUAUUUCCCAGUAUGUAAGCAAUAAUACUCUAGCUAGUAAUAUGAUAAAUGUGUUCCUUGAAAUUCACUUAAUCAGAGAUGUUGUGAUAAUGCUUUAAUUCAUAUAACUUCAUUGGGAAAGGACAUUAUUAAUCAAAUGAGUUUUAUUGUUUCACUUGCAGCAUAAUUAUGGAUGAGAAAGAAGGAAUAUAUCUACAGUUUCUCAUAAAAAAUUAUGAGACUUUACAUAUUUUUCGUCAGGAACAUUGUACUAAUAUUCAAAAAGUUGCAAGAAUGAUGACAUAAAUGUUAGGCAUAGUAUUCAUUUUUUUUUUUUUUUCAUAUGUACAACUGAUAAAUUUUAUCUCAAUAGGAAAACAAAUAUUUUUCUAAAUAAUUUAAUUAAUUUUAUAGUUAUAAUCCAUAUAGGGGUAAUUUUCAUUUUGUGUAUAGAAUAAAAAAUAUGCUGCAAGGAAAUACAGUAGUACUGCUUGUACAUUCAUAGUAAUUUUAAAUUACCAUUUUAGUACUACCUUUUUAUUAAUACAUAGUCAUAUAAAUCAUGAGAAAAUAUUUUGUUAUUGAUCUUUACCAGCUGUCAAACCUGUGACCAAUUUUGCUUUACCGACACCUCAAGUUUUGGACUCAUAGUCACAGACCUGUUUCUAUUAUUUGUGGCACCUUGUAAUAAAAUUAGUUGUCCAGUUUUACUAUUAAAACAUGUAUCAAUUGUAAAUAAGGGCUCACUGGUUUUUAAAAAGGUUAGUAAUACAUUAUUAAAUUCUAAUUAAUAUUGUGGCUUCCAUUCCAAUGAGGACGAAUCCAGAAAAGAGAAAUAAACUGUUUAAUUCUGAAUGGAAUGAGAAAUUCAUACAUUGACAAUAAAAUCAUUCAGUACCUCCAUGUACAUUGUGAGAUAAGUAAAACAAAUUUCAACGCAUCAAUGGCUCUGUAACUUCACGUGGUCAAUGAAAUUCAUUUUGCAUUACAAAAAAAUUCACUUAGGGAAGAGUCUGCUCUCUGAACACCAAAUCUUCUAAGUGGUAUGAACAUAUCUGAGAGAAAAACAAAAGACAAAUGGAGCCUCUAUUUUCAAUACUUUUUUAUAUUUGUAAAAUUAAUUAAAUGAAAAUCAUGAAACAAUUAAUGGUGAAUGAAAUGCUUAUGUGGCAGAGCUAAAUGUUGUAAUUUAUUGUGGGGAAAAUUAAAAAAUCCAGGUAUAGAAAUUAUGACCAAUAUUUCAAAUUAAAUUUUACACAAGUUAAUCAAUGGUUUUUUUGUGGCAUUAUAUUUAAUAACAUUCAUUUUAGAAUUUCGUUUUGACUCAUUGUUUCACUUUUCCUUGACAUAUCUUUUCUUAAACAUGUCAAACAUAACACUUGGCAAAAAUGUGUCUGAAUUAUUCAAACCUCUGGUUCAAUAAGUUGUUCCUUUUGUAUUCAUUUUUGGUUCCAAAAAUUGUAUAUUAAUUUCCUGAUUCCUUCAUUUCAUAGUACCAGUAAAAAUUAUAAGAAUUGACAUUGACUCAUAGGA